CCGAACCUAGGAGCGACGUCGUUUUGGAUCUGGUUCAGUCCGUAACACAGUCUUCGCAACUCCGUCCGCCCUCUACGUGUUUGAGAGAUAGAGAGAAGAAGAAGAAAAAGGUGCGAACUUGUUUGAAGGAAGAAGAAAAUGGUGCAGAAAAAAGGCGCAGGGAAAGCUUCGGAAGAUGCAGAAGAGGAAUUAACUCGUGCCCCUUUGCAAGCCAUACUCUUAGCUGACAGCUUCGCUCAGAAAUUCCGCCCCAUCACUCUCGAACGGCCUAAGGUGCUGCUACCUUUGGCCAAUGUUCCUAUGAUCGAUUAUACAUUAGCUUGGCUCGAAUCAGCAGGGGUUGAAGAAGUCUUUAUCUUUGUUUGUGCUCACUCCAAGCAAGUGAUUGAUUAUGUCAACUCCACUUGGCUUGGUGAAUCAAACUUCUCCAUCAAGACUAUAGAAUCACACAAUUGCAUUAGUGCUGGGGAUGCUUUGCGAUUGAUUUAUGAGCGGAAUGUGAUACAUGGUGACUUCAUCCUUAUUAGUGGAGAUACAGUGAGCAAUAUGUCACUUGCCGAAGCUGUAGAGGAGCACAAAGAAAGGAAGAAGAAGGACAGCAAUGCUGUUAUGACUAUGGUCAUAAAAAGGUCAAAGCCUUCACCAAUUACCCAUCAAUCGCGUCUUGGAACUGAUGAAUUGUUCAUGGCAAUUGAUCCUGAUUCAAAGCAACUUUUAUAUUAUGAAGACAAGGCAAAUCAUCUGAAGGGGAUAUUAACUCUUGACAAGAUGUUGCUCUCUGAUAAUGUGUCCAUAUCUUUUCACAAUGACAAACAGGAUUGUUAUAUUGACAUAUGCUCUCCCGAGGUUCUCAGUCUUUUCACUGAUAAUUUUGACUACCAGCAUCUGCGCCGUCAUUUUCUCAAGGGCCUGCUUAUGGAUGAUAUCAUGGGUUAUAAAAUUUAUGUCCAUGAAAUUCACUCAAGUUAUGCGGCUAGAAUUGAUAAUUUUCGGAGCUAUGAUACCAUUAGCAAGGACAUUAUCCAGAGAUGGACUUACCCAUUCGUUCCAGAUGUCUUUGGAAGCUCAUCUACCAAACAUGAUAGACAGGGCGUGUACAGAGCAUCAGGGGUACUGCAAUCCCGUUCCGCACAAAUUGGUCCCUUCGCACUUGUCGGCAGUGAUACUACUAUAGGUGACAAAACAAAAAUUUAUAAUUCUGUUGUGGGGGAAGGUUGCAAUAUUGGAUCAGAUGUUUCAAUAGAUGGUUGCUAUAUAUGGGACAAUGUCACAAUUGAAAAUGGUUGUAAGUUAAGUCAUGCCAUAGUAUGUGAUGGUGUGACAAUGAAGUCUGGAGCUGUUCUGGAACCUGGAGUGGUUUUGUCAUUCAAUGUUGUUGUUGGACAAGGGUUUGUAGUUCCUGCUUAUUCAAAAGUAUCAUUGCAUCAACAACCGACUAAACAAGAUAGUGACGAGGAGCUGGAAUAUGCUGAGGAUAGCAGCGGGUUUGUUAAAAUUCCUGCAAUCAAUGGUACAACAGAUCAUUUGACUCCAGGAUUAUUAUCUGAACUCUCUGAAGCCCAGGGACAGGCUACUUCUGAGGUUGGUAAUGGUGGGGUUGGAUAUAUAUGGUCAAUUGAUGUAAACAGCUAUGAUGAAGAAAUAUGGCAGUCAGUUGCUCCUAUUCCUGCUGAAAAACUAGCUGAAAUUGUGCAAAAAGCUACAACAGAUGAAUUGGAGAUGACACAAGAUGGAAAUCUUCUACCACCCUCAGGAGAGUUGCCCCUUGAUUCCAACAGUGUGGGCUCUGGGGAUGAUGAUGUGGAUGAUACGAGAGAUGACUACUUUGAGAAAGAGGUUGAAGCGACUUUCCAAAGGGCAGCUCAUGAAAAUGUUAAAGAAGAUCAUGUCAUCUUAGAAGUAAACUCGUUAAGGUUGUCAUGUAACAAAACUUCAGCUGAUUGUGCUGGAGCACUGUUCUAUUCUAUGGUGAAGCUAGCAGUGGAUACUCCACAUAGUUCCACUAGUGAAUUACACAAAAUUGUUAUUAAUGUACUUACUACUUGGCAGAAAGUUCUGAAGAACUAUUUACUUAGUCAAGACGAGCAGAUAGAGGUGAUAUUAAAGUUUGAGGAGAUAUGCUUGGAAACAGCAAAAGAACUGUCUUCAAUAUUUACACAAGUUUUGCAUUUCUUGUACGACAAAGACAUUUUACAAGAGGAUGCGAUUCUCAACUGGGCAGAUGAAAAGGAAGGGGCAGAUGAGUCCGAUAAAGUUCUCGUUAAGCAGGCUGAUAAAUUCAUCCAAUGGCUGAAGGAGGCAUCUGAAGAAGAAGACGACGAAGAAGACGAUUGAGUUAUUUCUAACUUUAGAACUUUUUCUUCUUGGAGAAGAAGAGUCACCCAUUUUGAUAUACUGUACUCUUGAUUGUUUGAAAUUUUUAAAUUUUAUUUUCUUAAUUAUUUAUAGUUAAGUGUACUAUGACUAUAUUAAUUUUGA